AACAACACACCUGAUGGGUUUUACUUAGCAGCUGACACUGCAUUCCCUCACAACAAGCACAGUCUGCUGAACAAGAUUAUGACACCACUCAAAAGUGGUUCAUAUCACCUGCAAUUCAUUGAGCAGCUCAUUUCAUUUCGCCAAUCAGCAGAAUGGGGAAUGCAAGCAAUACAAGGCUCUUUUGGCCAGCUUCAAUUGCUGCUCAAAGCCAAUGAU